AUGGAGGGUGAUCACGGGUUCCUUUCGCUCCCUACAAUUGCACCGCUAGUAGAUGAUGAGGAGUCUGAGAGGGUGGAUGAAAUUCUAAAUUGGGAUGUCGGCGGAGAUGAGCUUCUGUCGUUGCUCCAAGUCCCCGAGCACCACGAACAACCCCAGGAGAAGUGA